GUGCGCUAUUUUGUCAAUAUGCCGCAUAUAAACAUGCGACUCGCGUGUACCCACUUUCACACACUGGUUCAUGACUAGCUCUGUCAAAGUUUAUACACAUGGAAUCGACAGGGUAUUUUCAAACCAGUAAAGACUGAAGUGUACUGGAUAGAGUCAGAUAACCCGUCGUUUGACCCGACACCCAGUGCACAAUCGUCAGCAGGAAGCGGACAGCCUGUGACAUUGAACAAUACCCGGACUGGAUUGAUAGUGGGAAAUACUGGGACACUAUGUUUCCGAAUGUUUUAUCGCCAUCACCUCUCUACCAAAGUGUAUUUCGAGCACCGGCGUUACUACAUCCGAACCCAUCGGUCGCCACCUCGUCAGCGUCGUUCCUCGUCGAGAACUUGCUGAGGGAGCGCUCUUCCGGGUUUCUGGCCCGACCCACCCCGACCACACCCCCGGUGUCUGUGGGGUCAGGAUUCGUUCAUGUCACAAGGGACCAGGACCCCAUCCCUACCUCCUCAUCCUCGGGAACCACACCUUACCUCAAAUUCGGUGUCAGUGCCAUUCUUGGGACAGAUUCAUCACAACAAAAGCCGAUCUCAAAUUCCGUGACGCACAUCGGAAGUGCAGGCGGAGCGUUCACAAGCUUUGCCCCCACGCUGCACCCCCUGAUCACCACCCACUGUCACAAGGCCUGUGGCCUGUCCCCCCAGGGGCUGUCGUGUCCCUCCUGUAGUCCCAGACACGGGUCCAUAUACGAUACCCAGAUCACGGGCAUGCUCAGACCUCCAUAUCUCUCAGCCCCACACCUACUGCCCAUGUCGCCACACGCUCUGACGUUCCUGACCAACAUCCGAGGAAAGCCCCGGAGGGGGAUGCUGAGGAGAGCCGUGUUCUCAGACGCCCAGAGGAAGGGGCUGGAGAGGAUGUUCCAGAAACAGAAAUACAUCAGCAAACCCGACAGGAAGAAGCUAGCGACAAAACUCGGUCUUAAAGAUUCUCAGGUUAAAAUUUGGUUUCAAAAUCGACGCAUGAAAUGGCGCAAUUCCAAAGAAAGGGAACUACUUUCUUCUGGAGGAACUCGCGAGUCCACUUUGCCGAAUAAGAACAAUCCAAACCCCGAUCUUAGUGACGUGAAAGAGGAAGAGUCCACUGAAGAGAGGGGGGACGAGGAGAGACAUUCACCUUCUCCCGUUGAAAGUCACAUUUCGAGCAAUCCUACAUCCCCUAAUGAAAUGGACACUGCCAAAGAUGUGAACAUUUCGGACGUUGAUUCAGACGAAGAAAUUAACGUAUCGUGAUACUCUCAUGUUAAAAUAGAUGACAUAUAUCACAGCGCCAUAUCUGUGUUAAAACAGCGAGGGCUAACUAUCCUUGCAGCCUCAUCAACGAUUCAAUCGCCCGAAAAACAUUCAUGACCACUCGUGUCAUUCCGGGUCUUCCUGCUGGUUACGGAAAUUGGCGAGUGGCGCUGAAUUGGCCGAAUAGUGCUAGUGGACAUUGUGAACUGUGAAUCAUUUCAGUUGAGACAAUCUACUAGGGUGUAUAUAGUAAAUACAUACCUUAUUUAUUACAGUAUUCAUACUUAGAAUCUCACUGUUAGUGAGAGAUACAUUAUUUGAGCAACAUGGUCUAAAUAUCAUUUCAUUCUAAUCAAACAUUGACACCAUUAGUACAUUAUCAUAGUAUUCCAAUGAUACCAAGGGUACCACCAUCAAACCUUGGAUGACAUCAUUCUGAUGGUACCAUUAACGACAUUUACCAUUACUUUUGACAUGCUUAGUAUUUUGUUACCCAUACAGUAUAGCCCGUUGUAUACCCAAGAUGGCUGAAAGCGUACCGGCACUACAACGAGAUCCCCCAAAUUAUAAUUUAACCAAGUUGUGCUUCCAUAAUAAGUACGCACAUAUCUUUUUUGACGUUGAGAUGUUUUAGUUGGUCUGUCAUACAGACAUAUAUACAAAUACAAAUAUAUCCAAUACAGCCCAUGCAAGUCUAUAAUUGUAGGCAAGUCUAGGUUACUGCAAUUUCGCUGAAUAAGAAGAAAGUUUCUGGGCUCCUUUUUAUUAUAUUUUAUUAAGAUAAUUUACUGUUUUGUUUCUUUAAAAUAUGUUCAUUUCAGAGACUAAAUGUUAGUCUAGGUUAUAGUCUUAACAGAUUGAUAAUUAUAAAUGCAAUAUUACAUACACCAUAUUAUAACAUAAUAUGCCAUUAUAACAUUCUUAACGCUAAUUAUUAAUUGGUGGGAAGAAGACGUGCAUUUUAGACAUGUGGCAGAUCUCAAUAGUGAUAACGUCAGUGAAUUGUGUUGAAUUCAAUUGAAUUUACACAGUUCUACUUAUACCAUUAACGGCUUUAGUUGGUCAAAUGAAAAUACAGACUAUGAUAUUUGUUAGUUAAUAUAUUAAAUAUAUGUAUAACUUGUAAGGGUACCAUUGCUUAACUUAUUGUAAGGGAAGUUAUUGUGAUACUUGAUGACUUUACUAAGUUUAGCCGUUUAGAUUGUACGUUUAUUGCUCUGUUAUCAGAAUAGUUGCAUGUGACAGACAGUCAUCGAAUUCAUUUUUUAAUGUCUCUUUCUUUUACAGCAGGUAUAGUAGGGAACGGUUUCUAAGAAUAUACUUAAUUACACAAGUCAAUUGUCGCUUGUGUUAACAUAUCAACUCGUCGCUGUAUGACGGUGACCUCUAUUAUACCAACCAUUGAAAAGUACGAAAGCUUAAUGGUGCCACUUUGGUAGCGUAUGUAUAUAUUUUUAAAUCGAAAUUUCGAGUUUUUGAGAUAAACUUAAAAAACGAGAAAAUAUUCGAAGUGACGAGAAAAACUCGUUGUUUCUAAAAAAUAAUUGAAAUAACGAGAAAAUAGUAACGAUAAAUAUCGAUUUAAAUAAAACCAUAUGCUACCAAAAUGGCACCAUUAGGCUUUCGUAGAAAAGUCCUAUCUGCUAUAGUUACAAUUAAUUGAGCAUCACGAAUGUAUAUAACAUUGCCCAAAAUCAAACGAAUCAUGAAAUUAACGUUCUGUGUGUUCUAAGCCCUGAUGCACUCCCAGAUUUACCUCAUGGAAAUACAACAACAUUCUUUGUAUUUCUUAAUGUAAAUCUGGAUCGUUGCACAGAUUAAAUAUGCUAGUGAUUGCACCAAGGCGCCAUCUGCUUUAGAGUACGAUACGUCAGCACUUGUAGGUAUGUUUGACGUUUCAGUAAUCACCAUCACCCGCUACUGUUACUUGAAUAAGGUAAUCAUAAAUCAUAAUCGAUUUUUCGGCACUCCAUCCGUACCUGACACAUACAUUAAAAUGAUGAAAUGUAUUGCCAAUACAGAUCAGCAUAAAACAAAAUUCCUUCAAUAAACGCAGGUUAUUGUGGGCUCAUUAAAGACACAUGUUAGAAGUCUAGUGAUUUAUCACAUUGCGUGAACAUUUAUCCGGGUUCAUAAAUGAUUAUUGUGUGCUUGGUUUGUAACAUCUGGACAGAGUAAACUUUGAUAUGGAUUUCAAAUGACACGCCUAUAUGAAAUAUAAGGCACAAAGCCCACGAGUCCUAGCAGAGAUGAAAGGUCAAUGGUUUCUCUGUCAUAAUAUACAAUGCGUGCUCAGACAAUACUUUUUUUUUAUCUGAAUAGUGAAUAUAGAUUAUAAUUAAUGUUGUAUAAAUUUCAGAGUCAAUACAUUCAACGCACAAGGCCGAACACAAUUAGUGUUAUCAUACCUGAUCAAUUAUUUUUUGAUAUUCAAAUUGUGUUUCAGUAGUCUAUUAUUCCCUUUGUUAUUGAUGCAAAAAGUAUCUUGGUACAGAAAAAACUUAGAUGAAAUAGUUGUAAUGGGAAAAUAACGCAACAAAGCAUUAAUCAAAGGGACGUGUAUAAGACAAACUUCAAACAGUUUAAAGUUUUACAAUGUUUGUUGUUAUACCGUGUUUUUUUUGCAAAGUGACUCAAAUCACAUAUCAAUCACUGCACAAAAAUUAAUUAAGUAUUCAUUAUUCUAUGUCAUAUGUGUAACAAAAUACGGAGAUCAGUGUGAUACAUAUCAAUAGUUGGAUGUGUCAGUUAAGGGAUAGCUAUCUAGAUGAAAAAUACUGUGUAAUAAUCUUAUGUAGAAAAUCAGUCCGAAGAUAGAGUUAAUGAAUUGAAUGUUUCACCAAAUAGCUGUAUUGUAUUUCUCCAAAAAACUAUUUGGAGGAUAUAGUUCUUUAGAUACUGGAAUAACCCAUGAACAUCUGUUAAUGAUACCUGUCCUUGGUGUAAUAGUGGGGGUAUGCAUUGUCAUGGAAACCUUAAUAUGUGUUCCAAAGGGAUUGGGGUGGAAUCAUGGUAUACGACACUGCUCACCUAGCAUAUUAAAUAAUAUCUCAGUGAAGGAUGAUGCAAAUGUGUAGACUAUUAUAGUAUCGGCGUUAUGGGUCAGUCAUUUACCGUUUUAGAUGUGGAUGGAAUAACGUCCAGGGAAGUAAGAAACAUCGAAAAUUAUGACCGAGGUUUUCUGUGUGUGAUUCUCUGCUCGUCUCCACUGUCACUAUCAAAUAUCAUUGACUUAUCACCUCUGUGUUCUGUUCACGUGGUUGGUCAGCACCAACUAUGCCAUAUCAGUUGUCUAUGGAUUGUAUAUAAGAAAUUAUUUUUGUAUCCAUGAUGUCCGUUUUGUUGUUGAAAUUUGAUUGCUCUUCCAAUCUCCAAAUGAUUGAAGCGUUGUGAUGCAGUGCUAUGUAUAGGUUAUUCAUGUAUAUAUGAUGUCAAAUUUGCUUACUGUCAGCAUUCAUAUGAAAUAUGAAUAAAAUGUCUCUAAUAACAA